CAAACGGGAAAGUUUUGAAGUUUUGCGAAGGUAGUGUGGUGAGCGACGUGGUGAGCGAGCAUGGGAAGCAGAAUGGGAAGAAGGGUGGUGCAGUUUGCGAACCUACCCAUAAAACUUUUGAUGCCCAAAACCUUCACCAACAUCCAAGAAAUUGCACUGAAGACCAUUCCUUCCGCUUCGAAGAUCGAAAUCAAGCGUGUUCUUGAAUCCCUCUACGGCUUCGAGGUCGAGAAGGUUCAGACAUUGAACAUGGAAGGUAAGAAGAAGAAACGGGGCGGAUUGUUGAUCGCCAAACCCGAUUACAAAAAGGCUUAUGUCACUCUCAAGAACCCGCUCUCCAUUUCGCCCGAUCUCUACCCGAUCCGAAUCAUCGAGGAGGAUAAGAAGAGGGUCAACAAGCAAACCACGUCCAGUGUCGUCAAGGAAGAGACCCACGCCAGGAGUCACUGGCUCGAUGACAGGAAAGAGGCCCAGCAGCCCUUCCGGGCCCAACGGCCCUUCCGGGCCCAACAGCAUGGGCGUUUGGGUAGCCGCGAGAGUGCUGAUGAUGCCAAGUUCCCCUGGUCCAGCAUGAGGUCUGGUAGUAGUUCUACUUGAUAGUAGAACACUACCUUAGAUUCUCUCAUUUCUUUUAUUUUAUCUUGUUCCUUCUAUUCUCUUUUCUUUUGUGCCGUAACCUUAAAACCCUAGAGUAGGCUAAGUGCCGUGAGAGAGAGCAUCUAAGGUUUUUGUCUUCUCCGUUUCGGGUUCGAGUUCGAAUUGGGUUUUUUUUUUUCUGACUCUUGUGAUUCGAGGGUUAUGCUAUGUUGGGUUAUAAAGGGGUUCAAGGAUUGACUUAUAUAGUUGUACUGGAAAUGUUGAUGGUCUUCAAUGUUUGGUUAUGUUGAUAUUAGUGGAAGUUGUUUUGGGUUCUGUAAA